AUGCCUUCUACUAGUAGUUCCAGCAAAAGCCCCAAGAGAGCAGCCUCCAAGGACAAGACUCCUGCCAAAGUAGUGAAAUCCGAGUCCCCGACGAAAAAAAAGAGCACACUCAAAGCCACGGCUAGUAGUAGCAGCACAGUAGUAGAUAAUAGUCACACGGUCAGCAGUUCCUUGGAUGUCAUUUUACCAGCCGGUUUGGGAAGGAAACAACCGGAGUGCAACGUCUUGGUUCAGAUUGAUCCCACAGAGGCAAUCGAGUUGGGACAAGGGAUCAAAGCUGCCAUUGGUCGCUUUCAUGUCGACAAGAAACAAGGCCUCGUCCUGGAUUUACAGGGAUCCCAGUAUCAAGGACGCAUUUUGCCCGGACCAACCGCCAUGAUUGCGUCCUUGCACUACGAUGAAACUCAUACGCAGCACUUGAAACUCGAUGUCAUUACCGAUGAAUUCUGUCCUCUCGUCGUCAAGACAAAAGACACGUUGGCACAGUUGGACGCACAAGUCGUCAAGGGGACAUUGGAUGAAUCCUACUAUCAACAGGAAGAAGAUGUCAACAAAAAACAAAAGCAACAGCAGCAACAAGAACCCGAGGAAGAAAAGGAAAAGGGGAAAAAGAAAGGGACCAAACGUACCAGCACCGCAUCUUCCAAAAAGAAAGCUGGUUCCAACAAAAAGCCAAGGAACAGCAAGAAAUAA